AUGCUGUCCCUGAACUGUGCGGACCCCUGGCCGGGGGGCUCCGUGGGCCUGGAGGAGGAGGUGGUCUCCGCUGCUCCUCAGGCGGAGACCACCUCCUCCUCCGGCUCCUUGUGCCUGGACGACAGCCUCACCAGCCUCCAGUGGCUGCAGGAGUUCUCCAUCCUCGGAGCCAGCGUCCCGCAUCAGAACCAGAACCGGACCGGCCCGUUCGGACCCGGACCCCAAGGGGCCGACCCCCCCUCCUCCCCCCUGGCCGGGGACCCCGCCUCCCUCGGCACGCCCCUGACCCCGGGCCGGCCCACGGCGGCGGCGCACAGCAGGGGGCCGCCCCCCCUCCCGGGGAUCGUGGCCCACGGACACUGCCCGGACGAGGUGGACUACAGGAGGGACCCCAGCAUCAAGCCCCCCCACUCCUACGCCACCCUCAUCUGCAUGAGCCUGCAGGCCAGCGGGGGGGGCAAGACCACCCUGUCCUGCAUCUACAGGUGGAUCAGCGACAACUUCUGCUACUACCGACACGCAGAGCCCACCUGGCAGAACUCCAUCCGUCACAACCUGUCCCUCAACAAGUGCUUCAUCAAGGUCCCGCGGCAGAAGGACGAGCCGGGGAAGGGGGGCUUCUGGAAGAUCGACCCCCAGUACGCCGAGCGCCUCCUGAGCGGCGCCUACAAGAAGAGGCGGCUGCCCCCGGUCCAGAUCAACCCGGCGCUGCAGAGCCGGCUCCGGGUCGAGCUCCCGCCGCCGUCCAGGGGCGGCGCCGGGCUGGGCGUCAACCCGGAGUCACAGCGCCUCCUCCGGGAGUUUGAGGAGGAAACUGGCGCCGACCAGAACUGGGACCCGCAUCCUGCUGAGGGCACCAUGCUGGGCUCCUGGCCGGUGGUCCGAGGCCGGGGGGGGGCCAAGAGGAGACACGGGUCGCUGGGUUCCAGAAGUGGUGCAACCAAAGUCCUGCGGCGCUCCAGCUCGCCGCUGCUCGCCAUGGACGAGCAGAAGGACAUCGGACCCCUGAAGGGCGACUUCGACUGGGACGCCCUGCUGGACUCCGCCCUCAGCGGCGAGCUGAGUUUGGACGGAGGAGAACAUCUCAGCCCCAUCCUGAAAGAGGAGGACCUGACGGUGCGAGGGACCCACAUCUCCCCGGUCGGACCCCCGGUUCCUCCGCUGGGCGAGACCCAGAGGAGGAACGACUUCGACGAGGAGACCUUCCUCGCCGCCGCCUUCCUGGAGAACCCGUGGCCCGAGGAGGAGGAGCAAAGCCGCAACGACUUCCUGUGCAGCUCCAGCGUGAACCUGGACCAGCUGUUCGACCUCGGGGACUCGUUAGGGGCGGACCCCAGCAGCCGGAUCGACGCCCUCCUCUGA